AUGGAAGAAAGAAAAGUAAUGCAGCAAUUUCUGCGAGCAACGCCUUCGAAAUUUGACGCUCUUACCUUAUCUGUGGAGCAAUAUGCUGAUUUGGACAAAAUCAGCCUCGACGAAGUCAUUGGCUCUCUGGCUGUCCAUGAGUUGCGGCUUAAGGAGCGAGAGUCCCAAGAGGAAGAGUAG